AUGCUGCCGCGGGAGGCGGUGGUGGCGCAUGUGGGAGCGCUUCGGGAGGGGUCUGCGGAGCUGCGGGAACUGCUGGCACUGUUGCCGGAGGGCGUGCGGCGCGACCGCGGUAUGCUGCUGGAGUGCGUGCGCGGGCCGUUCUUCACACAGGCGGUGGACGGGCUGUCGCGACAGCUGCGGGCGCGCGAGGCCGCGUACGGGCUCGCGCAGGCGCUGCGCUACCCGUACCGCGGGGAGGGCGUGAACGGCUUCCUGGACGGCGUGCGGGAGCAGGGGCGACGCGAGCGCGCGGAGCGCGACGGGGCGGAACGCGAGUGA